CGGUCCUGCCUGCUGACCAUCCGGGGAGGUGAUCCCAGCACCCAUUUCACAAAGGAGACAGCCCGGCCGGAGAGGGAGCCCGUCCUGCCCGAUGUCCAUCUGGGCUGCCCUGCUCUUGCUCUGGGCGAUCGCCGAGGCCUCCGAGGUCUGCCCCGCCGCGUGCGCCUGCCGCGCCCUGGACACCAUGGGGUUGCUGGUGGACUGCGGGGGCCGGGGACUCGCGGAGCUGCCCGACCUCCCGGCCCACACGCGCCACCUCUUGCUGGCCAACAACAGCCUGCGCUCAGUGCCUCCGGGAGCCUUCGACCACCUGCCGCAGCUGCAGAGCCUCGACGUGGCGCACAACCCCUGGCGCUGCGACUGCGGCGUCACGUACCUGCGCCUCUGGCUGGAGGACCGCGCGCCCGCGGAACUGCUACGCGUGCGCUGUGCCGGCCCCGGCCCCGGCCCCGCCUCCGGCCGCGCGCUCGGGCAGCUCAGCGGCUCGGAGCUGGGCAGCUGCGGCUGGAGCCUGCGGGCGUCCUGGGCCGACCCGGGGCCCUGGUGGGACGCGGCACUGGCCGUGGUGGCCGCGCUGGGCCUGGCUCUCCUGGCGGGCCUGCUGUGCACCAUCUCCGUGCCCCGAGCCUGA